CCUACUCUGACAGAGCCCACCUGCCAGAGACUGGGAACAGCGCCCCGAGGAAGGAGCUGCCAGCCAGGGCCGACAGGUGGGAAGCAGGCUCCAGGAGAGCUGGGGGGAGGGGCCCGCCAUCGGGAGGGAGCUGCCAAGGCCAGGAGAGGGUCCGGAAAGCCCCGAGGCCGGCAAGGAUGGCGCUGGCAGCGGCGGCAGCAGCGGCGGCCGCGGGGGUGAGCCAGGCGGCUGUGCUGGGCUUCCUGCAGGAGCGCGGGGGCAAGGUGCGCAACUCAGAGCUCGUGAGUCGCUUCAAGCCGCUGCUGGACGCCGGGGACCCGGGCGGCCGGGCCGCCCGCAGGGACCGUUUCAAGCAGUUUGUCAACGACGUGGCGGUGGUCAAAGAGCUGGACGGAGUCAAGUUCGUGGUGCUGCGCAAGAAGCCCCGCGCCUCCUGCGACCCACGGCCCGCGCCCCCGACGCCCACCGAAGCUCCGGAGGACCCGCUCUCGGAGGACCCGCCGACCUCGGAGGCCCACGAGCCGGCCGCGGACCCUCAGGCUGAGCGGCCCCUUCGAGCAUCCUCGGGGCCAGCCGCCGCCCAGGAGCUCGCUUCUCCUCUGUCCCCGCCGUCGGAGGAGCGGUCCCCGUCCCCAGCCCGGGAAGAAGAAUCCGCUGCCCCUGCGGUCGCCCCAGCUCCGGUCUUGCCGUCGAGUGACACGCCCGCCGCCCCUCCACAGGUCCCGGCUGCUCCCGGGGGGCUGCCCCCCCUCCAGCCGCGGAAGCCCUGCAUGCUGCCCGUCCGCUGCGUCCCGACGGUGAGCCGGAUCCGGGCAGAGGAGCAGGGCCUGCGGCGGCAGCUGUCGGAAGAGCCGGUGGUGGCGGCGACGUCCCUGCUGCGGGUACCGGGGGACUCCCCGCGGCUGCGGCGGCGGCUCUCGGUGGAGGAGCCGGGCCUGGGCCUCUUGCUGGGGGGCGGCCGGUCCCCUCACCUCCGGCGUCUGUCCCGAGCCGGCCCGCGCCUGCUAAGCCCCGAGGCCGAGGAGCUGCCCUUCGCCGUCCCGCAGCCGCCGUCCACCGUGCCCUUGGAGCCAGCCGAGCACGAGUGGCUGGUGAUAGCGGCCGGCGGCCGCUGGACUCAUCAGCUCCAUGGGCUGCUGCUGCGGGAUGGGAGCCUGGCGGCCAAGCGCGACUUCAUGUCUGGGUUUACGGCCCUGCAUUGGGCCGCCAAGAGCGGCGACCGCGAGAUGGCGCUGCAGCUGUUCGAAGUGGCGCGCCGCGGGGGAGCGCCCAUCGACGUGAACGCCCGCUCGCACGGCGGCUACACCCCGCUGCACUUGGCGGCCCUGCACGGCCACGAGGACGUGGCCGUCCUGCUGGUGGAGCGCUUCGGAGCGCAGGUGCGCGUCCGUGACCACAGCGGGCGGCGCGCCUACCAGUACCUGCGGCCCGGAGCCUCCUACGCGCAGCGUCUGUUGCUAGGCGACCCCGCCCUGCGCAGCCCCACCGAGCCCGGCGUCCAGGCCAAGAGGCCUGUGCAGGUGGCCGCUUCCAUUCUGAGUUCCACCACCAGUGCCUUCCUGGGCGUGCUAGCCGAUGACCUGAUGCUGCAGGACCUGGCCCGCGGCAUUAGGAAGUCUGGCUCCUUCAGUAAGUUUGUAGGCGCCUCCCCCAUGGUGCCCCGCAAGAAGGCCAAGGCCAGACCGGGCCUCCCUGCCUUCCCGUCGGCUUCCUCCCAGAUCUCCACCACAGGGUCCAAACGCUGGCCAGGCACUGACCUUUUCCAGAACCAUUAGCCCCGCGUUGUGUCACAGUCGUCGGUCUGGCCGCCACCGCCUGGCCUACCACCCCAAGACAUCCAUACCUGGUCCCCCCCAUUCCCCAAUCCAGGCGUCCCUACGGUGCUGGGCUGGUCCAUCCAUGCCCGAAUUUCCUGCGGGUGUCAGAUCCUCGGAGAAUUCACUCCUGAUUUAGAAAUUCAUUCAAUUCUUAUUUAGAACUGUCGGAUCCUGGGUACUAAGGGUGAAAGGUCAUAAAGGGCAGCAGCUGGUCUGAUCCCUUAACUGAAUAACUCAGUGUUUGUUGGGACUCUAUGUGCCAUACUCCUAGGUCAAAACCAGUGAAUGACUCUUUGAGGUCAGUCCAUGUCAUCUGGCCCUGAGAUAUGGUGGGUUGGGAAGUCAGUUUUAUUUUGUUCUUAAAUGAAGAGAAGAAUCCGUAUUUUAUAAUGGUCUGCCUUUUUUGAAAUAAUGUUUAUUCUCUUUUUAGGCAAGGACUUCAUUAAGUUUUUUUAAACCACAUGGUUAACAUUUUAAAUGCAGUUUUAAAGAGCAGAUUUAAAACAAAUGAGUCCUAGCCAUCUGAAACGCCUGAAUUUUUUACCUACCUCAUUUUAGAAAACCUGGCACAGAGCAGCCAUUGUGACCAUUGUGAAUGUAAUUCCAGUUGUACUGUGAAUGUGAAAUGGGAUUCUUCUUGCAAGGACAUUUUAUACCUGAAAAAGAAGUAAUACCCAGAUAUUUGCUAGUAGGACAUAGAGCUAAUUAUUAAAGAGGGGGUUUUAUGCAGUAGUUUUCCCUUGAUUUUUAUGUUCAUAUUUAAAUUACUUAUAUACAUGUUGUGUAAAUGAGUUUUAGUGACAUUUGACACCAGUAAAUCCACUUUUUUAUAUCAAGUAUUUUGAAUGUUUUUUAAAAUCCUGUGAUGUAUCCAGCACCUUUGUGCCAUACUUUUUGAAUCUGUGAAUCUGAUGUCUUGUUUUGAGCCUUUACAGACGUUUGUUGUUAUACAAUAUGGCAUGCUAAAUAUUUAAAGAAAACAGUGAAACAGCAUUCCAACUGAAAAGCAACUUAUUAAUUAUUAAUGUGUACACAUAAGGAAUGACUUGUAUAGUUAGGUUUUGAACAAACAGGAAGGAUGUGGUACCAGUUUUAAUAAGUUGUAUGAAAGAAAACAUUCUAAAAUGUCAGUGCAUCUAGUUGCUCAGUGAUCUUGGACUUCAGCAUCAUCAUCACAUGACAGUGUUGGGAUAAGUGUUCUGUUCUUUUCAAGCUCUUAAGAUUUUAUGAUUGUAAUGGAGUCUUUUUUAAUUAUAAAGGUACUGAGGCAACCUUUUUGAAUCAAGUGAUGUUCCCAUUUCUACAGAUUGUGUCAGUAUCAAAGAGACUAGUUUUCUAUUGUAAAAGGUUGUUUCCUUUCCUUAAAAUACAUACUAGAGAGGAAUUUGAAACUGGAAUGUUUUUAUU